GCCAAAAUGUCAGAAAGGUCAGAUAUUCUUCACUUCAAGUUUGACAAUUAUGGAGAUUCCAUGUUACAGAAAAUGAACGAACUGAGGGAAGAAAACAGGUUUUGUGAUGUCGUGGUCCAUAUAGAUGACAUUGAAGUCCAUGGGCAUAAAAUUGUCUUUGCUGCUGGCUCUCCUUUUCUAAGAGAUCAGUUCUUACUGAACGACUCUAGAGACGUAAAAAUCUCUAUCCUGCAGAGUUCGGAGGUGGGGAGGCAGCUGCUUUUGUCCUGCUACAGCGGCAUUCUGGAGUUUCCUGAGAUGGAACUGGUAAACUACUUGACUGCUGCAAGCUUCCUGCAGAUGAGCCACAUUGUGGAGCGGUGCACGCAGGCCCUCUGCAAGUUCAUCAAACCAAAGCAGCCUCUGGAGAGCAAGGAGUGUGAGCAGCAAAGUGACUCCUCCGAGCCAAAGGAACACCAAGGAGACAGCGACUCUCUGCAGCAAGAUUCACCUUGUAUUCAGCCUUCAGAGGACAGUAUGGACAUGGAGGACAGUGACAUUCAGAUCAUCAAGGUGGAGUCCAUCGGGGAGGUAACAGAAGUUAGAAAUAAGAAGGAUCAGAACCAGUUUAUUUCUUCUGAACAAACUGCACUGCAUUCCUCAGAGCCUCAACACUUUCUUAUCAACUCCACUGUCGAAAACAGAGCAAGUGAAAUUGAACAAAACCACGUCCACAGCUAUGCCCUUUCCUAUGCUGGCAGUGAUAACAUCAUUCUGGCCUCUAAAGAUAUGUUGGGGUCAAACAACCGAGGUACAGAAAAAGGCCUUCAGUGGCAUCAUCAGUGUCCAAAGUGCACAAGAGUAUUUCGGCAUCUGGAAAACUAUGCUAAUCACUUAAAGAUGCAUAAACUAUUUAUGUGUCUUCUCUGUGGCAAGACAUUCACUCAGAAAGGCAACCUCCAUCGGCACAUGAGAGUGCACGCAGGCAUCAAGCCGUUCCAAUGUAAGAUCUGUGGGAAAACAUUCUCUCAGAAGUGUUCCUUACAGGACCACCUCAACCUGCACAGUGGGGACAAGCCCCAUAAGUGUAACUACUGUGACAUGGUUUUUGCGCAUAAACCCGUUCUGAGGAAACAUCUUAAGCAGCUACAUGGUAAAAAUAGCUUUGACAAUGCCAAUGAAAGAAACGUUCAAGACAUAACGGUGGACUUUGAUACAUUCACAUGUAGCACUGCCACAGACAGUAAGGUCUGUCAGCAGGCUGAGGCAGGCCAGGUACUGGAUGCAGGAAAGCUGCCCCAGGCUGUGCUUAGUUUAAGAAAUGAUAGCACCUGCGUCAACUGAGCAACUAGAAACAACCCCCUGUAGGGAUUGUGACCAAGAGGAGCAGACAGUUGGUUUGGGCUCUUACCUAAACUAGUGGUGUGCCCUGAAAGGCUCCGGCUGGACGGACGGAUGGAUGGAUGGAUGGCGGGUUGGAUCGCAAAGCCUGGCAGGUCUUCAGCCAUCGCUCUUAGUCUUACUUGAUACUUUCUGUGAAUAGCUGAAUCUUCCUUCAGGUUUCUGUCUGUGUCUCUAGUGUGGAUUAUGGGGUUAAUUGUUUCAUUUCUCUCUGAUUAGGAGACUCAAGACUAACACCUUUUGAAAGACUGUUGCUGUGAGCUGCAAGUAAACCAUCUGCUGUACAGUUAGAGGCCUCUCUGUCCGGGCAGAUGGAGGAAAGAGCAAAGAGGACAAGUCUGUGAGAGAACCUGAUUAUUUUUGGUUGUUGUUUUUCUUUUUUAAAUGAUGGAUGACUGAAAGCACUCCAUACAGUUAAAUUUAAACUUACCUCUUAAAAAUAUCUUUCUCUGAUCUUACCCCAAGACCCCUACAGGUGAAAUGGAAGUAUUUUUGUGUCACUUUUUUGCCCUUUCUAAACUACUUCAAGAACCUUCUGCUGCCAGUCAACACUACCUUAAAAGCUCUCAGGGUUUUUAACCUUGGCCUGCAUUAUGAAAAGAUAAAACCCUAGAUGAUUUGGCAGGGUUAGCUGAUCAGUGCAUAGAACCAUUCAAAAUGAGAGUGAAGUGCAGCUCUGGAAUGUGAGAGGCCGGUACCUGGAGUGCAGGUA